CGGCGAGGGAGAAGCAUGUCUGAUCUCCUGAGUGCAGACCUCCGAGAGGAUGCCUCCGGCGCACGACCUCGCCACAGGAAGGUGUUUAAGAAGUCCAGUCCGAACUGUAAGUUAACCGUUUACCUCGGAAAGCGAGAUUUCAUCGACCACCUUGAGCACGUGGAUCCCGUAGAUGGAGUUGUCCUGGUCGACCCUGAAUACCUGAAGGAGAGGCGAGUCUUCGUCACGCUGACCUGCGCCUUCCGCUAUGGACGCGAGGACCUGGACGUGCUUGGCCUCUCCUUCAGGAAGGAUCUAUUCAUUGCCACGUUCCAGGCCUUUCCACCCCUGCCCGAGGAGAAGAAGCCCCUGACCCGCCUCCAGGAGCGGCUGGUGAAGAAACUGGGCGAGAACGCGUUCCCCUUCUUCUUCACGGUGAUGCAGAACCUGCCAUGCUCAGUUACACUACAGCCAGGGCCGGAAGACACUGGCAAGGCCUGUGGUGUAGAUUUUGAAAUCCGGGCCUUCUGCUCAAAAACCAUGGAGGAGAAGAUUCACAAAAGGAAUUCCGUGCGGCUGGUGAUCCGGAAGGUGCAGUAUGCCCCGGAAAAGCCCGGACCCCAGCUGGCAGAGACCACCAGGAACUUCUUGAUGUCUGACAGAUCUCUCCACCUGGAGGCUUCGCUGGACAAAGAGCUGUACUACCACGGGGAGCCAAUCAGCGUCAACGUCCACGUAACCAACAACUCGACUAAAACCGUGAAGAAGAUCAAGAUCUCGGUGCGGCAGUAUGCAGACAUCUGUCUGUUCAGCACAGCCCAGUACAAGUGUCCGGUGGCCCAGCUGGAGGCUGAGGACCAGGUGUCGGCAAGCUCCACCUUCUGCAAGGUCUACACGUUGGUGCCCCUCCUCGACACAAACCGUGAGAAGCGAGGCCUGGCGCUGGACGGCAAGCUCAAGCAUGAGGACACAAACCUGGCCUCCAGCACCAUAGUGAAGGAAGGAGCCAACAAAGAAGUCUUGGGAAUCCUCGUCUCGUACCGGGUGAAGGUGAAGUUGGUGGUGUCCCGUGGCGGGGACGUGUCGGUGGAACUGCCGUUCGUGUUGAUGCACCCCAAACCCAUCGAACAGCCCGUCUCCAGGCCACAGUCAGUUCAACCUGAGAUUGAACCCCCUAUUGACACAAACCUCAUCGAGUUCGAAACCAACUUCAACCAAGAUGACGACAUCGUAUUCGAGGACUUUGCCCGCCUGCGUCUGAAAGGACUGAAAGAUGACAAGGACGAUGACGAUCAUUUCUGCUAAAGCGGGGAAACCGAGGGGUCGGGUGGUGGGAAAGAGAGAGGUGGGUGGUAAGAGGGUGUGGAAGAGGGGUGAAAGGCAACCCCAGAAUACCCCCCUCUUCGCCCCUCUCCUCCCGCCCCGCCAAAACCUCCCGCUUGGGCGCGAGCGAGCUCGUCUUUGCCAGGCGCCGUGUCGCUGAAACCCUUCAUUGUCUGUGCGUCUGUGGGGGAGGUGUCUGUUCUUAGAAUGUUUGUAGACUUUACACUGUACCGAGCACUUGCGCACGCACUCGCGUGCACACCCACGCACCCGCACGCACAACAUACACACGCACGUGCGCACGCACUCCUGUUCACAGACAUGCGCCCCAUGUGCGCGCAGGUUGACAAGUGUGCGCUGUUGUGCGCGCGAACACUUGUAUUCUUAUGCAUACACUCGCGUGCGCGCGCACGCACACACACACUCACUCUCAAUCUCACUCACACUGUCUCCUACCUGCCAACCCCUGAGCGGGCAAGAUUCUGAUGUUUUAACAACGUGUGCCACAUCACUGUUGCUGUUUCACUAAUAUUUUGCUCAAACGAGAACCAAAUACUGUGCAUCUGUUCUAUGGAAUAUUUGGAUAGGUGUCCACUGUAUGAAGACUGUGCACUGGGUGCGGGUGUGUGAGUGUGUGUGUAUAUGUUUUGUACUUGUGGGUUUCUUUACUAACCCCUUCGCGCUCCCAGACAAAGGGCAGGGGACAAAGCAGCCAAAUAUUUUGCCUUGCGCUGAGUAUAUUUUUGUUCUUUUGGGGGUGGGUGAAAGCACUUUUUCCCGCAGUUUGCCGAUGGAGAUGUGCGAUCUGGAUCCUGAGUUAAUGAUGUAAUGCCCCUCUUUCCAGUUAACGCGCUGCCCCUCCCCACUCACAACGGUCAGCACUGAAUCAAUCGAGCCCCCCCAACCCAUCGGUCACUGAUCACAGACGCACACGGCUCUCAUGUGGCUAUUCGACUAGGUGGUGGAUUGCUUUGGGGCUCCAAGGAAUCUAGUCUGUUUGAGGCCGGUGAUGGUGGGCAUUGUCAACCAACGGGGGGAGGUGUGGGGUCGGUUACACAGAAACUCCCCUGCCAGGGUUGCUGAGGGCAGCUCACUCCUGCCCUCUGGUGGCGGUGCUGGUAUUGCAGGCUGAGAGCAGCCCUCCCUCCUUGCUUGCCUCCAUCCUUCUCCACUCUCCCUUCUCCCACUCCCCCCUCUGCUCUCUCCUCCGCCCCCUCCUCACAACCCCUCGCAUAGCAUGGUGCUCUCUGGGUUGCCUCCAUUGAUUUCAAAUCUCCAGCGUAGUAUUGGAACCCUACGUCAGGGUUCCAGGACAGCAUUCCUCCAUUGGGAGGGAAUAGUGGGCGUUUGCACCUUCCUUCUCAGGAAGAAACAUUGUUCAGCACAUUAUUGGGAAACAAUGUUUGAUAUUAUGCCUCGUAUAGCAGGCCAUUCAGCCCAUGGUGACUAUUCUAGUGCAAAAGCCAAAAGACCGAUUGCUGGAGGGACUCAGUGGGUCAGGCAGGAGCCAUGGAGGGAAAUGGACCAGGAAGGUUUCAAGUCAAGAUUCUUCAGUGGUAUGGUUUGUUCCAGCUCUCAGAUCAAUCCCUUUCCCCCGUUCAACUCCCUGUAAACUUUUCCUACCAUAUUCCCUUCCAUGUCCCACCACCACCAGAUUCACCAACACACCCAGGGCUAACUCACCAAUUAACCCACCUACCCUGAAUGUCGUGGUGACCUGGGGAAACCCACACGGUCACAGGGAGAAUGUGUAAACCACACACACUGACACAGAGAUUCCCUCUCCCUCCCCCUCUCCCACACAAUUUGGGAGCUAUGAGGCCACAGCUCUACCAAACAAUGAGCCCUUCCUUGAUGCCAUCACUGCCAACGCUGGGCUUUUGCCAUUGCAAGAUCCCAUCUGCAUCCCCACCCUUCUCCCCCCACACCCCCAUAGGAUACUCAAUGACGGUUUAGCCCCUGAUGGUGUGGCACUUUCCCUGCACCACACACUUGUUCUGAGUCUUAAGAGGGAUCGAGCCAGUUGGAUUGGAGGAGGGAGCUGCCCCUUCGUCGUGCAGUGUGAGUGUCACUCCUUCAGGAGUCCACCUGAGCCUGGCUGGUCAUCAGUACGAGCAUUGAACCCAAAGAGCAGGCGGACGCCCUGUGCAAGGGAGAUGGGAGGAUGGGGGAGCUCUGCAGCAAGGAAGGCUGGCUGUUGGAGAAGAACAAGAGGUACGGGUGUCUCCGACUGCGCAAAAGACUGGCAGAAUAUUGGGGGGGGAGCCAGGAUGAGUGAACCAGGAGUGAGUUGGACAGCAAGAGAGUUAAAUUGUGGACUAGAUAAAGCCAUGGAUUAAAAGUGCCUGGUUUUUAUCCACUUCUCUGGUUUCUGCUGAAGUGCACAUCGUAAUUGCCCCAUCACUCACUGCAACCCCCAACACUCCCUACGCCCUCUCCCAUGAGAACGGAAGCAGAGAGGGUGAAGGAGAGUGCAGUCUGUGAAUACUGUGUCCUGUGACUAACCUCAUCGUAAAACAAAAACUACUCACAGGUGAAGAAUUCAAACUUACUGUAAGAGGACAGAGAUCCAGAAGAUAAGCUUGUUUGCUGAACUCUUAUUUCCUUGUAUACUUUGAGCUUAAAUAUAAAUGAAUUGUCUGCCUGUUGUCCUUUGCCAACAUCUAUAUUGUAUCUUCAGGGUUGUUGUGGGCAUUACAAUCAGGGCAAGAUGUGUUGCAUUCCUAUCCAUGUUUAAUGUGUCAGACAGAAAAAUUGUUUGAAACUCCAAUCCAUUUAUUAUUAAACUGGUGCAUUACUGCAGA